AUGGCGCCCUCCCUGGAGCAGCUGGACGCCUACCUGGCCACCAGCUCGUACCUCGGCUCUCCCACGGGCGCGACGCUGGUGGACUACAAGCAUCGGGAGAUCAAGUCCGCGCCCGACGCCAAGAAGCUGCCGCACGUCGCGAGGUGGUACGCGCACGUCUCGCACCUGGCGGCGGCGUACCCGAAGUGCGACUGGCGCGGCGACGCGGUGCCGGCCGGCAAGGCUCCCGAGCUCGGCGGGGGCAGCCAGGCCCCAGCGCCGAAGGAGGCCGCCCCCAAGAAGGAGGCCGCCCCCAAGAAGGAGGCCGCCCCCAAGAAGGAGGCCGCCCCCAAGAAGGAGGCCAAGGAGGAUAAGAAGGCCAAAAAGGGCGACGAGGAGCCCAAGGAGCUGACGCCAGAGGAGCUGGCAGCCGAGAAGGCCAAGAAGCUGAAGAAGGUGAAGAAGGAGGGCGGCAAGCGCGGCGUGGAGAUCGAGGGCGCGGCGGACAUGGGCGGGCUGCAGUUCUUCUGCACCUCCGUGGACGAGCCGGAGGGCGACAUCGAGCUGUGCCUGAAGUGCAUGGAGGCCAUGAACGAAAAGAGCGAUCCCACCGAGGAGGAGCGCAAGGGCGGCUCUGGCCACAUCGGCAAGACGAUCUUCUCGGCGGGUACGGGGCAGCUGGCCGUGGUGGCGUACGUGCCUCCAGAGAAGCAGGCGGAGUGCUGCUGCGAGGACUGGCUGAAGGCCACACUGAGUGUCUUCCAGGGGGAGGUGGUGUCCGUGGCCAAGGACAUCUGCGCGGGCUUCGUCAAGGCCGACGCAGACAAGAACAUCUUCCCGCUGAAGAUUCGGGAGCCGAUGAUCCUGGAGGCGAACAACUUCCUGCGGAAGAAGGGGCUCUUCCCAGAGGGUGUGCUCCACCGCGACGUGAAGCCGGCCAACAUCCUGCUCGCGCGCAGCUCGCACCGCAUCAAGCUGGGAGACUUUGGCGUCUCGAGGGUCCUCGAGAGCUCGGGGUGCGCGCACUCCGUGGUCGGGACGCCGUACUACCUCUCCCCCGAGAUCGUCAGCGGCAAGGCCUACGGCCCGCCCUCAGACGCCUGGGCGCUCGGCGUGUGCCUCUACGAGCUCGCGGCGCUGCGCCGGCCGUUCGAGGCCGCCAACCAGCUGGCGCUCGUGCGGCGCAUCUGCGAGGAGCUGCCCCCAGACCUCCCGCCAGAGACCGCCCCCGACGUCCGCCGCGCCGUGCUCGGCCUGCUGAACAGGGACCGGGACGCCCGGCUGCACGUUCGCGAGGCGCUGCUCGUCAGCGACGCCGUCGCGGCGCUGGCUGCGAGCUCUCCCGACGAGGUCUCCAACGUGCUGACGACCUCACACAGGUGGCCCCUGCCGCCGUCGGCGCCGACGUCGCCCUUGCCCCUGUCGCCGGUCUCCAUGGCCACCACCGAGGAGGCGAGCCAGCCCGGCAGCCCCGACGACGGCGUGGGGUUGCUGAGGACGUUGGCGCGGCAGAUCUCCAGAGAACCUGGCAGCAACACGCAGAAGGUCGUGCGGGAG